AUGUCUGGUACAAGUCUUUCAAAAGACGCUUCGACGUAUGGACCAUAUUUCUUUGAUGAGCCGACGGAGAUGGGACACAUGUACCAAGUGGCACAAGGCUUCGAGUGUCUUCAGUGGCGAUAUCAAGCCUUCGGGGGCCGGUAUUUGUGUCUGAAGGAGGUUACAACGCAGUGGGAUGCAUGUUCAGAAUCCUCUAUCCUUGCCAAUGUGGCCAUCCACAGCACACAUGAUGGUCUGUGGCAUCCUGCAUCAGAUGAUGUCGUGCCGCCCAAAUUUGUCAGAAUGGAGCGAGGCAACAAACAGCUACCUCCUGAGAGUUCAAGUGUGGCCCAAACGUUCGACAUGUCCCCACGAACACACCAUCGAGUAGUCCCGCCAAAUAGGGAUGCCCAUGCGGCAAGUUCAAGCUGGACCUUGGAACGCUCGACGGAAGAUUUCGAGGGUAACGCCCCUGAUAAAGAACCAAGGACGCAGUCAACCGACUGUAAGGAUAUCCCUACAAUCGAAUGCGACUCCGUCGGUGUAGUAGCUUCGCAGAAAGGCCACCAAGGAAGAAGACCGAAGUACAGCUUUGGAGAUGCAGAAGGAACCGUCAAAGAAGGCACGGGUGCCGUGCCCCAAGAAGGGAUGCAACACGACGUUCGCGUCAAACUCAAGAAGGAACCGCCACGCCAAAACGAGCAGAGAUCACGUUUCGCAGGGCACAUUCGAAUUUUGAGAAGACACGUGAGCACGCAGCACAAAGGAGACGAGCCAAGAAGGAGAGAUGAUGUGGAGUAUGAUGUGGAGUCGGAAGAUGAGUAUUCAGAAGAUGAAUAUUCAGAAGAUGAGGAGAGAUUCGAAGACGAGGAGUGA